CACCCUUUCCUCUUUUAUUUAUUUCCUCUCUCUCCUACCAUGUCCCUCUUGACUGCUCUUCACGGCUCCUGAUCCUUCCUAAGUGCCGUCCUUCCUCCGCCUCGGGGAAGCUUCACAUCCCCACUCUGCCAACGCAACCUCUCCAAGGACUCGUGUCCGCCAAUUGAUUCGUCCUCACGCUCGGCAAGCUUUCUUCGAGAUCAAGUCGCUGUCGACAAUCAAUUGUCGCUCGUCUCUCCCCGUGAUGGCCCCGGGCGCACCUCAACUGCCCACCCGCUUCCCGUGCUGGUGCCGAGCCGUGUACUCCUGGGGCGGAGAAACCAAGCGAGAUCUGGGUUUUGUGGAGGGCGAUCUGAUAGAAUGUUUGAACGCCGGAGAUGGUCAGUGGUGGAUGGGCCGGCUGCGACGCGAUCGGCGCAUGAUGGGUCUGUUUCCCUCCAACUUCGUGGAGGUGUUGAGCGAGAAUUUCGUGCCGGUCAGUCGCACGGAGAGUCCGAUGGGCCCGACGGCUCAGUCUCCGAUCACAAAUCCGACGUCCGCGCCGAAGAAACAGAAGACGGUGUUCAGAAAGCCAUUUCAAGCCCAUAAGGAAGCGGUUGCGCCCUCCGGGGAGAUGUCCCGGAGCGGCACCUCGGCAUCACCGGUAACGAGCUCCAUCCCCCAGACUCCACCCCGAGAUGGGAGUCUUUCGCGGAAAGUCAAGCCCCUGCGCACUCCGGCGACCCAGGUGAAACACCGAAGCUCCGUGGCUCGGCCUUCUUCGCAAUCGGGAUCCUCCUCGCGGACGGCCUCACCAUGGACCCCACAGUCGCGACCCCAGCGAGAACCAGAGUCAUCGCCCGCAUCAGCAACGCCCACAGGUCAUGUCAUCCCCGUGGUUCGGCCUCCAUCGCGCGCUGUAUCCCCUCGUCCGCCGCAGGAAAUAGAACUGUCGUUACCUACCAUUCCCCCGGGCCCAAGCUCCGCUCGUUCCCGACCUCCGUCGCGCGCGGCGUCUCCCCGACCCCCCGAUGAGAUGGACUACCUCCCACCUACAGUACCACCGGCAGUCCCCAUGGGAUAUCACCAUGUUCCCUUUCGCCAUACUUCCUCUCGCGAAAUCUCACCUCUAGAAUUACAGGAACGCGAGGAUUCGCCGCCCCCGCCUCCUCCGCCCCCGCACCGAGUCGCGGUCAAUCGACAGCCGUCCGUGGAGGUGGGCGUUCCGACUCGUUAUGACAUGAAUGAUCGUUAUGUGACAAUAUCAAGAACUCCAUCUCCGGCCGUGCAUUCGCGUGGACAUACCCCCUCUCCGCUUCGAGACGCCAUGGAGGAUGUGAUGACAUCUUUGGAGGACAUGGGCUUGCAGCGAGGCGAACAGUCGGCAUCCCCGCAGCCGUCAUUCGACAACCCGUGGUCACCGGAUGCUUAUGAGACCCUGCGAGACGGCCGGCCUGCGCAACCGAUGGGUCGCUCGUUGACGUCGUUGGGAUUCGACGGAGAUAAAGACGAUCUGCCCCCAAGCGCACCGCCUCACCGAAGCAGCGUCUAUCCCACGGACCAUUUCCUCGAUGGCCCGCCGCAGAUCAACAAUUACGUGCAGAGGAUGGAAAGCCGGCUUCGACAGAUGCAGGCGCAGAAUCGACGGGGCUCGGAGGAUAUACACUUAUCGGAAGAAGACGAAGAACCUCCUCCGCCACCCCCGAGAAAUGUUCCCUAUCACGGCCGGCACAAUUCUGUACCGGCGCAAUAUUCUUCGUAUCCGGCGGGCCGGCGAUCAGGGCAAGAUCUGAGGGGCGACAUUCUUGACCGGAGCUAUACGAACAAAUCGAGCACAACCAACUCCUCGAGUGGGGUGCAGAGUAACAGCACAAACACGACGGCCAGCACCGAGCGAACGAGCCAGAGCUUGAUGAGUGGCGCGUCCGCCGGCGGGUUCAGCGCCACCAGCGCGGGAAGUUACGCCCGGAGGAAUGUCGGAGCCAACGGACGGCCCAAUACGGCGGUCGACGCCUUUCGCGGCCGAGGCUUCAGCGACAUCUCGCGCAUGUCUCCUCGACCCGAAACCCCUCUCACCGGCAUCUCCUAUCACUCCAGUCACAACACGUCUCGGCAGGGUGCGUCGUCGGCAAUCCCUUGGACGUCCCCCGAUACGGUCACCGAAGAAUCGGCCGGAGUGUUCGGUGGGCUUUCGACGCCAAAGGCCAAGAAGCAUGGGUUUUUCAAGAAGAUCUUCGAAUCGGCCAAGACCGGCGCCGCCAAUGCCAGAAGCAGCAUCGCGGUUGGGCAGAAUGGCGGGUCCUAUUCCCCGACCAAAGGUCGGGCGAUAUCUCCCAUUCGCUCCGCCCAGUCACACCGAGAUACGGCCCGUGAGAUGGGGCUGGGUAGUGCCAUUGACUGGGUGCAGGUGCGGCGGGACGUGAAUCGAGCAAGCUCGCCCAGCCGAAACGAGCGCGUCGAAAGGGCUGAGCGAUGCCAGAUGAUGGAUCAUCCGGUGAUCUAUGCGGUGGAAGAGUUGUACGAGAGCGCCGAAGGCGAUGAGAGCAUCGACGGGCUACCGAUCAGUGAGCCUACGGAUUUUGCUACUGCCAAUCUCAACCUCGUGGAUAAGAGUGCCCGCUUUGUCAAUAGCCUCCCGCCGAUGACCAAUCCGAUGAGCCUUGCCCAAGGAUACGUAUGCCGGCCUUACAAAAGUGAUGUGCAGCGGCUUCGGGCCCUCUUCACUUGGGUCAGUGAAAAGAUCGCCUGGGAUGAACCGGUGGAGGAAGUCGGCAUUGACCUGAAGAGAGUCCUGCAGACCAAACGAGGGAGUCCCCAGGAGGUUGCCUUCCUUGUCCGGGAGAUGUGUGCCGCCGUUGGUCUGCACGCCGAGGCCAUCAAAGGGUUCCUCAAAACACCGGGCGACCUGUACGAUCUAGACAACCUCUCUCGCGCGAACCAUUGGUGGAACGCGGUGCUGGUUGACGGCGAAUGGCGCAUUAUGGAUUGUUCCUUGGCCAGCCCGACGAACCCGCUGAGGAACGAAUUCGUCACUACCUUCUCGCCGGCGGCCGAGAACUGGUAUUUCCUGGCGCGCCCUCUCGAGAUCUGUUAUACCCACGUGCCUCUGAUCCCCGAGGAGCAGCAUAUCUGCCCCCAGAUCUCCCUGGAUGUUCUUCUCGCCCUGCCACCCGUCUGCCCGCCUUAUUUCAAAAUGGAUAUGCAAUUCCCGGACUACGACACCAGCCUGGUACGGAUUGACGGCCUGGAAGUCAUGCAGAUUCGCCUGAUCGUGCCCCCCGACGUGGAGUGUGCGGCCGAGGUUGAAGCGCCCGCCUUCGCCCGCGAUUCAGAUGGGGACUUCUUUGAGAGUGGCGAGGUGGUUCGCAAGCGGGCCUUGGUUCAGCCCGACUGGAUUCAUGGCCACAAGCGAGUCACCGUCAAAGCCGUUCUACCGGGCGACGAAGGACAGGGGGUCCUGAAGGUAUACGCGGGUAAGAAGGGGCUGAUGCAUUCCAAUCGUGACAUCCCUCAUCCACUGGCCCUGUCAAUGCCCAUCAUGCAUAGUGGCGAGAACCCGCCGUAUGAGUUUGUCCUGCGCCAUCCGACUCCGCAUGCCCAGCGGCACGACCUGUACAUCAUGCAGCCACAAUGCUCCAAGUUGGCCGUCAACAACACCUUUGUGUUUGCCGUUCGCCAGCACCCGUCCUCCCUCCCGAUCCCGUCUAACGGCAACGAAUCCGCUUUGAGUGGCCGCGUCUCACCGUCCAUCCUGACCCGACCAGCGAGCGCCCUUAGUAUGGUUUCCAGCUCCGCGGGUGGCUCCUCCGUCUCCACCGUCUCGAACGAGUUCUCGGCCUCGACGUCUGCCAUCUCGUCCGGCCGGUCGAAUUCGGGGCGAGAGAAGCCGGCCAAGCUGGCAAUCCAGUCGCCGUCAGGCAAGAUCUUGCGACUGAGCCGCAAGGCCGACCACAUGGUCAGCGCCACGAGCAGUGCAGACUCCGCCACCGAUGCUGCGGCUGAAGGCAGCGUGUGGGAAACGGUGAUCAAGAUCGGGGAGCGUGGCGUGUGGAGAGGACUCGUCCUUGCCGAUCGUGUUGCCCGAUGGUGUGUGUUCUGUGAAUGGGAAUGCUUCUAA